AUGAAGAUCACUUUUCGCAAAAAAACUUUAGUAAGAUUUUCUUUGUGCUUUCUUGUCUUUUCCAUUGUUAUCAUCGGCCUUCUGAUGUGGUAUACAACGAAAAAACACCGGAAAGAGGAAACUCACAAAAAGCUUUCACAGUUUGAUAGCAGGCCUCAUUUAGUAUUGGGCGUACUGACACCGCACACAAACAUAAACUUCCGGGACGGACAGCGCACAACAUGGAUAUCAACAAUUCGUCUUUUACACGAUGAACUUCCAUUUAGAAUAACAUACAAGUUUCUAGUCGACAAACCAACAAAUGAUACAAUAUUGGAAAACAAAAAAUACGAUGAUAUUGUAUUUCUUAAUGUGACAAGCGUAGGACGUGGUGUUAGAUUUGGAGAAAAAUUAUAUGUUUGGAUUAAAUACAUUCAUGAAAAAUAUCCGGAUGCUUCGCUAGGUGCUAAAUUAGAUGAUGAUGUAUUUCUGUGCGUUCCGCAAGUUUUUCAAAGAAUUGAUCAAUUCAAAUCACCAACAUUGUACUAUGGUUGGUCACAUGGUACUGGAUGCAGUGUUGAUAUUGAUAAACGAGUGGAUGAAAUGUUUGUGGUUCUUGGAAAGGAUUUAAUCGGAAGAAUUGCUAAGCGUAGAUAUUGUGUUGGAGAAAAGUGUAAGCCAAGCGUGGAUUUAAUUGACACUGACUAUGGCGGAACAUCAAUUGGGUCCUGGCUUUCGAUAUAUAAUGAUGUGGAUCACCAACCUGAUAAUUAUAGAAUUGUACAAUUUGGUAGAAAUCAUGAACAGGAGAUGUUGGAAAACAUAAAAGAAAACUUUUGUUCCAGGUACGUUCUAAACCAUAAAUCGCCCGUUGAGGUAAUGAAACAACUUCACGAGUAUAACAAACCAGGGGCCACACUUCAAACUGGAUAUGUUGGUGCCGUGACAGGAAAGUUAUUUUCAGGAGAUGUUGUCAGGACGCCUUUUCAGAGGAUACUCACCAGCAAUAAAACACCUGUUGGCAUUUCAGACAAUAUGCCAACAUGUAAUAACUGGGCUGUAGUAACGACGAUUUUCUCCCCGUCGAAAGCUGUCCAGUACAUAGCCUCACUUUCAAAUUGGUGUUUAGUGAUAGUGGCGGAUACGACCACUCCUUCGGAAGAAACAUACCUUCCUGAUAUUGUGACGACUACUGCAGAUUUGAAAAGAAUCAAAUACCUUUCAGUAAAGGAACAGAUAGCGUUGUAUCCUCUCCUUUCAGAUGUUAUCUCUACCAAACACUUUGGAAGAAAAAAUAUAGGGUAUAUAUAUGCUAUACAUCACAAAGCGAACGUUAUCUGGGAUUUUGAUGAUGAUAAUUAUGGGACAGUGGAUCUGAACGAUUUUAAGUCAGAUAUUCCAUUCCCUCAUGCUACUGUGUGUAGUGGAGCACAAAGUAUACUUUGGAAUCCUUACCCGUAUUUUGGAGUGACUGAAACCCAUACCUGGCCGAGAGGUUUCCCUUUGCAAGAUAUUAAAAAUAUAACAACUGUUCCAGUUAUAUGUAAAUCAAGCGAUUCUGUUACACUAGGAGUGGUGCAAUCAUUAGCAAAUGAACAACCGGAUAUAGAUGCUAUUUAUAGAAUGACACGUGAUGCACCGUUUAAUUUUAGCGCGACACGAAAAUCUCAUCGACCAUUCGUUUUGCCUAGAAAUACAUUCGCUCCAAUCAAUGCACAAGCAACUUUAUGGUUAGCACCUGCUUUUCCUUAUAUGGCUCUUCCGAUUAGCGUUAAUGGACGUGUCAGUGAUAUAUGGAGAGGUUAUAUAGCGCAAUAUUUCUUUCACAAAAAAGACAUUCGAGUGGCAUUUUCGUCUCCGUACGUGAUUCAAGAAAGGAAUGCUCACAACAUAUUACGCGAUUUCAAUGCUGAGUUAGAUUUGUAUCAAAAAUGUGAGCAACUCAUUUAUUUUCUAUCGUCAAAAGAUUCUACCACUAUAUCAGACCUUGUAGAUAUGUACAAGGAAUUAUAUGCAAGACAAUACAUAGAACAGUUCGAUAUUCAGUUCGCUGAAGCAUGGACACAAACAUUGGCAAAUAUCACAACAUCACUAUAG